GGGCAGGGCGGGAGCUGACGCAGCGACCUUGAGUCCUCGAGCGCUCAGCACACGGACCGACCCCCCCCGCCUCUGUCACUCGCCUCAGCCUCCUCGCCCUCCACACCGGGAGAGCUGCUGCGCCUUCGACCUCCUUCAUCUCGUGAGAAAUCGCCCAGGAGGAGCCGCCAUGCCGUUCAGCAACACCCACAACGCGUUCAAGCUGCGCUACUCGUCCGAGGCCGAGUUCCCGGACCUGAGCCAGCACAACAACCACAUGGCCAAGGUGCUCUCGCCCGAGAUGUACGCGGCCCUGCGCGAGAGGCACACGCCCAGCGGCUUCACCCUGGACGACGUCAUCCAGACCGGGGUAGACAAUCCGGGCCACCCGUUCAUCAUGACGGUGGGCUGUGUGGCGGGAGACGAGGAGUCCUACGAGGUCUUCAAGGAGCUCUUUGACCCCAUCAUCCAGGACCGGCACAACGGCUACCUGCCCACGGACACGCACAAGACCGACAUCGACGCAGACCACCUCAAGGGGGGGGACGACCUGGACCCGGACUACGUGCUGAGUAGCCGCGUGCGCACCGGGCGCAGCAUCCGGGGAUUCUGCCUCCCCCCGCACUGCAGCCGCGGGGAGCGCCGAGCCAUCGAGAGCCUCUCCAUCGAGGCCCUGAGCCAGCUGGACGGGGAUCUGCAGGGGAAGUACUACGCGCUCAAGAGCAUGACUGACGCCGAGCAGCAGCAGUUGAUCGACGACCACUUCCUGUUCGACAAGCCCGUCUCCCCGCUCCUUCUCGCGUCCGGCAUGGGCCGCGAUUGGCCCGACGGCCGCGGGAUCUGGCACAACGACACCAAGAAGUUCCUCGUGUGGGUCAACGAGGAGGAUCACCUCCGCGUCAUCUCCAUGGAGAAGGGCGGCGACAUGAAGUCUGUCUUCCAGCGCUUCUGCACCGGCCUCACCAAGAUCGAGGAUAUCUUCAAGCAGAAGGGCCACCCGUUCAUGUGGAACGAGCACCUGGGCUACGUGCUCACGUGCCCCUCCAACCUGGGCACGGGGCUGCGUGCCGGCGUGCACAUCAAGCUGCCCCACCUCAGCAAGCACGCCGGCUUCGGGGACACGCUCAAGCGCCUGCGCCUGCAGAAGCGCGGCACGGGCGGCGUGGACACGGCGGCCGUCGGCGGCGUCUUCGACAUCUCCAACGCCGACCGCAUCGGAUUCUCCGAGGUGGAGCUCGUCCAGAUGGUGGUGGACGGCGUGAAGCUGCUCGUCGAAAUGGAGAAGCGCCUGGAGAAGGGCGCCAGCAUCGACGAUCUCGUGCCGGCGCCCAAGUGAGAGGAGCCCGGCGCCCUCUUCGGUGAUGGGGGGGGGGGGCGGUGGUGGAAGAUCAGCCGCUCGCCUGCCCACCCGCCCGCCCGCCCGCUCGCCCGCUCGCUCGCCCGCCCGCCCGCCCACCCGCUCGCUCGCUCGCCCGCCCGCUCGCUCGCGCGUCUGCCGCUCGCCACAAUAUUUUGCCUGUCCGUCCAGCUGUCUGCUCGUCGAAACGCUCACCUGUCAAUAUACUGAACCGAUCAAACUGUCCGUCUGGCGAACCGCUCACCGAAACGCUCACCUGGCCGUCCGACCCUCUCUGUUCAUCGAUGCGCUCAGCAGUCCGUCCGUCUGUUCGCUUGGCUUGCGUGCUAUAAGCUCCCUGAUUCAGCCGUCUACCCACACACCUGGGCAUCCAGAUACUAACCAGCUCACCUGCGCGCCCACCCACGUACCCGGGCAGCUGAAAGUCAGCAUACCUAUAAACCUACUUACACAGCCACCUACCCACCCGCUUCCCUACCUGCCCAGCUACCAAUCUGCCGAGCCACUUACUCGCAUACCCAACCACCGCAACCUUACCCGACCUAUCCAGCGCAACCGCCUACCGAAGUGUACCCCACGUACCCAACCACCCGAGCACCUCCCCACUCAGCUACCUUUAUCAUUACUCUGCGUUGGUAGCUCACGUGACGCCAUCCCGCCUCACCCCCCUCACCUCACCCCCUAGCCCCCCCCCACCACAUCGAGUGAUGUCUAAUGAUGUAGCCCCCCACCACCCCCCCCCCCCCCGUGUUACAACGCGCGUGGUGUGAUUUAUUUUUUAUGAUUAUUGUGAUCAAUUGUUAUCCGGUAGUAUAUAUUUUGGGGAUUGUAAUUUAGUGGUUAAUUGUUAUGAUCAUGAUGGUGAUGACGAUGACUCCGAUUAUGAAGGUUGACAUAGGUCGUGAUUAGGGCAUUGUGGUGAUGAUGAUGGUGAUGAUGAAGGUGAUGAUGGUAAUUAUGAUGAUGAUGAUGGCACCCAAUGAACGUUAACUCUCAUCGUGAGAGGCAAUGAUGAUCGUAAUAAUGACUUCAUAUAUUGUGAUGAUGGUGGUGGUAGUAUAUUUUUGGGGGAUUAUAAUUUAGUGGUUAAUUGUUAUGAUCAUGACGGUGAUGGUGAUGAUGACUCCGAUUAUGAAGGUUGACAUAGGUCGUGAUUAGGGCAUUGUGGUGAUGAUGAAGGUGAUGAUGAUGGUAAUUAUGAUGAUGAUGGCACCCAAUGAACGUUAACUCUCAUCGUGAGAGGCAUGACUUCAUAUAUUGUGAUGAUGAUGAUGGUGGUAGUGGUGAUGAUGUUGAUGCGGUUAAUGAUGAUUUCUAAAAGAGGUUAGAGGCAUUUCAGAUGGCGGUACCACACUCGUUCUCUUCCACCUCAAGCCCACACGGACACACACACACGCAAAUAGUAAUCAAAUGCUGCUAAAAUAAACAUAAGAACGCUGUAUGCCACGUGUAUUACACACACACGCGCAGUGAGAGAUGCAUCACCACACGUACACACGCAGGUACACAAUAUAUUCCUAAUGACAUCACCUUUAGCCUAGGGAAAUAGAUGAGGUCAGCGUUGAUCUGUAUCGGGUCCCGCGUGACGCUACUCCACUCUUCCCUUGCCUCUCUGCCUCUCUCUCUCUCUCACAAUUAAAAUAACAUAUACAGAGGCAGGGCCGUCCAUAUGAGUGGGAAACUCAUCCAGUGUGACACCCCUCCACCCACAACGCCUUCAAAAUAAAUCGAAAGUAUUACAUCUGACACUGUGACGUCGAAGCGCGGGCCCCCCGCCACUCCUCCCACCAAAGCGCGGGCCCGGGGCGGUCGCCCGUGAUUCGCCGUGCACUCGAGGGACGGCUCUGCCUAGAGGCUGAGAGGCCACUUAACUCAACCCCCCCCGGUCUUCCUUGAGAGAAGGGGGACGGACCACCCCCCCCCCCUCCUCUGUCACCAGUGGACCUUGUUUUCUAUGGAAGUCGCUCGAAACUGCGAUCGAUAGAAAACAAAAUAAAAACGGAUGAGACGCGAA